AUGGAGAACCACCAAGGUCCGCAGGCAGAUGGCUCACCAGCGUCGCCAACCCAACACAAGAACCAAGCUCGUUCGUAUGUCGAUGUAACUGGUAACCUCUACAGUACAGUUCCUCCAGGAUGGACGCCAGUUGUCACUGUAGAAGGCUGGACAAACGUAUUUACAGAGUCCGGCAAGCCAGUCACAGCUAAACGCAACCAAUUGACGAUCAUCGAGGAGAUUGCGACUACUACAGUUGGCGAAGAAGGACCCCCAUCUGGGAGUUCCAGGCCAGGUUGGGGUUGGGUGACUGAGAGUUCAACUUACACGAUAGAUAUCCCGACGCAGAGCUCCUCGACAGAUCAGCCCACGACUACGAGUGAGUCUACAACACAAGGAAGUGUCACUGUCCCAUAUAGUAUGAGUCUAAAGCCUAUAAUUCCACCAUGGUGGAGCGAGUCAUUUACAAACACAUUUACAAAAAGUGCCAUCACCACCGAAUCAAGCUCAACAAUUCUACCAUCCGCAACUGCAUCAGCUGCCCCAGAAGCUUCAUCCACAUCCAUAGGGGAAUGGGUUGGGAUAAUAGUUGGGUCAGUUUGCAUGUUCGUGCUGAUUGUCAUGUUUAUUCUUUCCUUCUUCUUCCGAAGCAGGCCCAAAAAACCCACCAGAGAGAACGCGAACAACAUCAACAUUAGGCUUGAAAAUGGGCCUUCUAGGAAUCGCCCGCUUGCGGAGACUAAUCCGGGUUGUGUUCCUGAGGGGUGGGAUGAUACAAGGCUGUGA